AUGGCGGUGCUCGACGAGUAUACCUACGUGUUUGCCAUUGGCACAAUCUUUGCCUUGUUGGACGCGUACAACAACGGUGCAAAUGAUGUCGCAAACUCUUGGGCGACUAGUGUGUCGUCCCGUUCGAUUUCCUAUCGACAGGCCAUGAUCUUCGGGACCAUCUUCGAGUUUCUCGGUGCCGUCUGUGUCGGUGCCCGUACCGCCGACACCAUCAAGAACGGAAUUAUUCCUGUGUCCGCUUUUCGGGGGGACGCGAGUAUUCAGUUACUGGCAUUCGCCUGUGCCCUCGCGGCCGCCUCCUCGUGGGUCAUGUGGUGUACCCGACACUCCACCCACGUCUCCUCCACCUACUCUCUCGUCUCCGCCGUCGCUGGUGUGGGUGUUGCAACCGCUGGUGCAUCCAAGGUGCAAUGGGGCUGGAAUGAUGGAAAAGGUCUCGGGGCCAUCUUUGCGGGUCUGGGAAUGGCGCCCGUCAUCUCUGGCGCGUUCGGUGCCAUUAUCUUCAUGUUGAUCAAAGUCAUCGUCCACAUGCGGAAGAACCCUGUCCCCUGGGCGGUAUAUUCAUCUCCCUUUUGGUUCCUCCUGGCCGCUACCCUCUGUACCCUUUCCAUUGUGUACAAGGGCUCGCCCAGCCUGGGCCUGAGCAAGAAGCCUGGUUGGUAUAUUGCCGCCGUGACAUUGGGAUGUGGUGGUGGUGUCGCCGUGCUAUCGGCAAUCUUUUUCGUUCCGUUCGUGCAUGCACGUGUGAUCAAGAAAGACCAGGAUGUGAAGUGGUGGAUGUUCAUCAUGGGGCCCCUGCUUCUCCAGCGCGCGGCUCCGAAUGCUGGAGAACAAGCGAAAGUUCCCGACUACGCGGUCGUCCAGGAGGACCACGAUGACGUGGCAUCUGUCCCCUCGACGGCUGGUUCCACUACCGGAGAGCUUGGCAAGGACCAAACCCAAACAAAGGAAAAGGCCCUUGUUAUGGCCGAAACCCAGGCCACUUACCAAGAGCUCGUCGCUCAGGGCGAGGCUAGGUUCCAUGCCAGGCUCAUGAAGAAGCGUGGCCCCCUGGGAUGGGCGAUGCGCACCUUGCGGGACAACCCUAUGGGCGCCGGUGAGAUCUAUGAAUGGCGGAACAUGGUGAGACUGGCCAAGCGGGUGCCAGCCAUGAUCACCGUGGGUCUGCUCUACGGUAUGAACUACGACAUCCAUGCGGCUCAAUCUGGUGUCCACGGCACCCCAGAAGGUGAGCGCAUGGCCCGGGUAUACGCACAUGCCCCGAAGUACCCCAAUGAGGUCGAGCACACCUACUCGUUCGUUCAGGUUCUGACCGCUUGCACUGCUUCCUUCGCUCACGGCGCCAACGACAUUGGAAACUCCGUGGGUCCUUGGGCCGUGAUGUACUCCGCCUGGAGGACUGGCGAUGCCCAGCAGUCGAAGGCCCCCGUCCCUGUGUGGCAGCUCGCUGUUCUUGCUCUUACCAUCUCUGCUGGUCUCAUCACUUAUGGCUACAACAUCAUGAAGGUCAUGGGUAACAAGAUUACAUACCACUCACCCAGUCGUGGUUGCUCCAUGGAGUUGGGCGCCGCAUUGACCGUCCUCGUCUUCUCGCAAUACUCCCUCCCCGUAUCGACCUCUAUGUGUAUCACUGGUGCUACCGUCGGUGUCGGCCUUUGUAACGGUACCUGGAAGGCCGUGAACUGGCAACGAGUUCUUCUGCUCAUGAUUGGAUGGGUUAUGACGAUUCCUAUUGCUGGCACCCUGGGUGGAGUCCUGAUGGGUCUCUUCCUGAACGCUCCUCACUUUUCUUCUUAG